UAGCUAACGUAAUCUCCUCCAAAUGCCUUUCCCCCUUGAAUGUAGGAAAACGGCUCAAUUUAGGCUCCAAAUUUCUCUCCCAUUCGUUCAUUCUCUCUCUCUCUCUCCUCCAAAUUACCCCCGUAAUCAUGUUUUUCUCUCUCUAAACUAAUGUGCUUCCGUCUAAUUCAUUUUCCCUCCCUCUUUCUCUCUCCUCUUACCUCUCUCCCUCUCUCUCUCCAACAUGAUUUUGACUCAACAAAUCAAUAUUGUUGAUUUCACACAGUAAAAUUAGAAAAAAAUACUCCUCGUAUUGAAUAUUGAUCGACCAAAUCAAUAGCAAUUUGCACAACAAAAGGCAAGUAAAACAACCUCUCUCUCUCUCUCUCUCUCUCUCUCUCUCUCUCAUCCACUGUUCCGAUCCAUGGAGAGAGAUACUCCGAUUCAUUGAUCCUUCCCAGCCUAUUCGAUUCAGCUAUAGAUACAGAACAUUAAUCCGGUGAAUCUCCAACCCAAUGCCAAGGCUCCAAACAGCCGAUUAUUCAACAGAAUUCUCCUCUUCAAUUUGCUGCUGCAGUUGUGGUGGAUCUGAUGGUGAGAAAUCUGGGGGCGGGUUUAUUAGUAGAACAAGAGGAGGAGAAUUGGCCACGUGAUUAUUCCUUUAGGGUUUUCUCGACCAAGAAGGUGCAGAAUCUACGACGAUGCAGCUUCACUUCUCACCUAGCAUGAGAAGCAUAACGAUAUCGAGCAACAGCGAAAAUGGCUUUAGUAAUGACUUGAUGAAGAUCAAGGUCGCGCCUCCCCACAUCUCUUAUCGUACGCUCUUCCACACCAUCCUCAUCUUGGCUUUCCUCCUGCCCUUCGUCUUCAUUCUCACCGCCGUCGUUACCCUCGAAGGUGUCAACAAGUGCUCCUCUUUCGGUUGUUUAGGCAGGCGGUUCGGACCAAGGUUUCUUGGUAGGGUUGAUAAUUCAGGGCAGAAGUUGGUUAAAGAUUUUCACAAAAUCCUCAAUCAAGUCAGCAGCGUGGAAAUCCCCGAUGGCAUGAAGCUUCCUGAGUCAUUUAAUCAACUUGUCUCUGAAAUGAAAAAGAACAAAUUCAGUGCGAAGGACUUUGCUUUGGUUGUAAAGGGAAUGAUGGAGAGAUCUGAAAGGGAGAUCCGGGAGUCAAAAUUCGCAGAACUAAUGAACAAACAUUUUGCUUCAAGUGCCGUUCCUAAAGGGAUCCACUGCCUCUCUCUGCGUUUGACGGAUGAGUAUUCCUCUAAUGCUCACGCCCGCCGGCAGUUACCUUCACCCGAACUACUCCCUUCGCUUUCCGAUAACUCAUACUAUCACUUUGUUUUGUCAUCCGACAACAUUCUAGCAGCUUCAGUUGUAGUCACGUCUACUGUACAGUCAUCUCUAAAACCGGAAAAGAUAGUUUUCCAUGUCAUAACUGACAAGAAAACAUAUGCGGGCAUGCAUUCGUGGUUUGCCCUGAAUCCUAUCUCUCCAGCUAUUGUUGAAGUAAAAGGUGUUCAUCAGUUUGACUGGUUGACAAGAGAGAAUAUACCAGUGCUAGAAGCUGUAGAAAACCAUUAUGCUAUUCGGAACUACUACCAUGGGAAUCAUAUUGCUGGGGCUAACCUCAGUGACACGACUCCACAGAUUUUUGCUUCAAAAUUGCAGGCUAGAAGCCCAAAGUACAUUUCACUGCUUAACCAUCUUCGCAUUUAUUUGCCAGAGCUAUUUCCAAAUCUUGACAAAGUGGUUUUUUUAGACGAUGAUGUUGUAAUUCAGCGUGACCUCUCUCCACUCUGGGAAAUUGACCUUGGUGGAAAGGUUAAUGGUGCUGUAGAAACCUGCAAAGGUGAAGAUGAGUGGGUAAUGUCUAAGAGGUUCAGGAACUACUUCAAUUUCUCACAUCCUCUCAUAGAAAAGAAUUUGAACCCUGAUGAAUGCGCAUGGGCUUAUGGGAUGAAUGUUUUUGAUUUACGUGCAUGGAGGAAUUCAAACAUAAGAGACACUUAUCACACCUGGUUGAAGGAGAAUCUGAAGUCAAACAUGACUAUGUGGAAGCUGGGUACUUUACCACCAGCUUUGGUUGCAUUCAAAGGUCAUGUUCAAGCAAUCGACCCGUCUUGGCAUUUGCUAGGUCUGGGCUACCAGAACAAAACCAACAUUGAGAGUGUGAAAAAGGCUGCUGUUAUCCACUACAAUGGCCAAUUAAAACCAUGGCUUCAGAUAGGCUUUGAGCAUCUCCGUCCUUUUUGGACCAAGUACAUUAACUACUCCAAUGAUUUUAUUAGGAAUUGCCACAUUUUGGAGUUGUAGUUCUUCAUCAACUUAAACAAGAAGAGUGGGCAAGAAGAUGAAAUCACUGGAGGGGUUGCAGGAUUCCCAUGCUUUAGGAGCUGCAUCAUUUGAGAAGAGAAAUAGAAGGUUGGCCAAAAUGAAAGCACCUUUUCAGUCCAAAUAUCCUGCAGUCCCCAUGCUUGAGGAGCUGCAUCACUGGCAUGCAAUUCAUUCUUUUAGUCGGUCAUAGAGCAAUCCGUCGAGUAUUUCUUCUUGUGUCCAAAACGAAAAAGGACACAUGUUUGGUCUUCCUGAGAGGGGUCUUUGCCUAUUUGUUAGUGCUUAGCAACUAGAGUCAAUUACUGGAAGAACAUGAGAAAACGUGCCUAUGCAUAGAUGACUUCUGCUAUAUAGAAUUGGUACCACGGGAGAUGAAAGUUAGAAACCCAGCUCUUUCGAUGACCCCAGUUAGUCCCAAUAGUCUUGGAGACGUAUCUUUUUUUCUUUUUUGCUUCACCUCAUUUUCUAUUUGGUCCAUUUUUUGGAUAUCAUAUGGUGAUGAUCAUUGUUUUAGGUGUUAGGUAUAGGAGAUUGGUCUGUCACAUGUUUGCUGAAUUGAGGAACUAUUUGGAGGUUACAAAGAACAUUUUUUGGGGGGUUGAGUACGAUUCGCGAGAGCCAUUUAUAAUACGGAGUAUGCAGAAAAUUGUUUGUACCA